CUUUGUUCUAAGACAUCUUUGCGUAGUUAAAUAAUUUUUUUUAAUUAUUGUCCGGAAAACUAUAAAAUUUAUUAAUGAAUAGUGGGAAUCCUUAGAUUUAAUUGGAUUUUCUUAGUCAUCAUUUAAUAUAAAAGCUUCUCAAUUCCAUUCAUCUUAACAUAAUGUAUAGAAAAUAGUGUACAAUAAAUAUAAAGCUGCUGAAAUACGAUAAAAAUUCAAAUUGGCAUAUUUUCAUUAGGGUAUAUAGACUGUUUUCCGCCAAAAACAAUGCCUUAAUACUUAAAAUUCACAGUUGGGCUGAACAGUUCGUGAGAGAAACAUCUCAGUUUGUUAAUACGGUUAAAACGGUAAUAUCUUCCAGCAAUAUCUAUCCAAUUAGAGUUCCGUCCAAAAUUCAUAGUGUACCAAAUCCGUUAAUAAUGAAAUGCUUAAUUAUGUUAAGUGAAAACUUAAACAGUUCGAUUAGCGAUUAGAAUAGAGGACUAGACGAACAGGUCAGACGUCGUCCAACUUAUUUUCUUGGAUUUCUUUCCUUUUAUGGUAUAUUAUAGCUAAGUUCUUUUAGCAUCCAGGUAAAUUAUUUAGUUUCAGUUAAUUUUGUCUAUAUUAGAUAAUAUUGACAGUGGAUAUAUAACGCAGAGAAGAACCUUUCUCAUGUCGCUCAAGUCAGUCAACGAUUUUCUAUUUUGUUACUAUUAAGAAGUAUUAGUUAAAUAAAAACGAUGUGUGAACUACACCUUUGCCUUUAUUACCUAAUUCUAGUCAAGACAUCAACAAAAUAUAUCCAAUAAUUAGUAAUCCAAUGUUAGUAAUCAAUCGAAACAUAACUGUUUGACAUAUUUGAAAAAAUAUUUUGUGAAUAAAAUAAUUUGCUGCUGUUUGAUCUAUUCAUUAUAACUAUUUAUUGAUUAUUAGUUUACUUAAAAAGUACAUAUUUUCGACAGAAUGGAGAAUCAAGAUGACGGACAGAGCGUGAUGGUGGCGAAGGUAACAGCCAUGACUGUACUAUUUGUGGGAUCUCUUUUACUAGGCUUAGCGCCCUUUAAACUCGCCACAUGGUGCCGCUGGCAUGAGGCGGGACGGAAGUCACGCACUGGUCGAAUAAUAGGAGCGCUUCUAUGUUUUGGCGGGGGCGUUCUACUUGCCACAACUUUUCUACACCUACUGCCUGAGGUUAGUCACAAUCUUACAGCACUGCAAGCAGACGGCCUGCUACCAGAGUUUCCAGUAUCAGCAGCGGAACUACUCAUGUGCGCCGGCUUCUUCCUCAUGUGCUUCGUGGAAGAAGUUGUGCACGUAGUUAUGCGUCGAGGACAACGGGCCGAAGUUGAAACGGCCUUUGAGCGCGCCUCGCGAAGUUCAGUUCGUAAUGGCAGUGCAUCCACGGUUGACCUGGUAGUGGAAGGAAAACAAAUGACGGGUCUGGAGGCCGUACACGUUCAAGUGCCAGCAGGCCACACUCACCUGCACGGUCAUACUCAUGUGCUGACCGACAACGAUGUGCUAGUGUCAUCCUUUCGCGGCUUACUCGUGGUGCUGGCAUUGUCGGUACACGAGCUGUUCGAAGGCUUGGCUGUAGGCCUGGAGUCAUCUUCUUCGGCCGUGUGGUACAUGUUUGGUGCUGUAGCGGCGCAUAAACUUGUGUUGGCUUUCUGUGUAGGCGUGGAGCUCGUCGUAACAAGCACACGUCAUUACCUCGCCGCUAUCUAUGUCAUCACAUUUGCUGCAGUAUCACCUAUUGGCAUUGGUAUUGGUUUGGCAAUAACCAGUCUGAACACAACAGCAACUGGGACUGCGGCAGUCUUACAGGGCAUUGCUACAGGAACGCUUCUAUAUAUUGUUUUCUUUGAGAUUCUUAAUCGUGACCGCUCUGGCAUUCUAAAAUUCUUGAGCACCGUGAUAGGUUUUGUGCUAAUGCUGGGUCUGCAGCUGCUCUCGGGUCACCACCACAAUCAAGACGAUCACGGCCACAGUCACUCUCGCCGGCGCUAACCAACUCUAAUUAAGUUUCUUUUAUAUUAUAUUUCUGAUACAAUAUCAAUAGAUAGUGCCACUUAAAGAAUACCUUAAAGAAUAUCGUAGUUGCCCCAAUCAUAUUGUAAUAAAUUUUAUACUGUUUCACCGUUGCUAAAGUUUUGCUAUGUAAAAAAUUCUGCCUAAAAUCUGGUAUUUAAUUAUCACACACGGAGAAGUCAACGACUUAGUAAAUGAUGGCCUAGGGAAAGAACGAAUCCAAAAAGUUUCGCAAUGAAUUUGCAAUAUAUCUGUGAAUUUAUUAAAAUUGCAAUAAACUUCUAUGCAAUACAGAACUAAUGCUCUUGUUUUAUCAUAUUUUAAAAUCAUAAUUUAGUGUUUUGGGUGAAAAUGGUAUGACUUUCAACUUAGUUUCAUUCAAGCGUAUUGCCAUAGUUAAACGCAAAGCUCAUUGAGCUGAAAAUUCUUAGAAAUAUAAAAAAAAACUAUACUUUAAAUAAUAAUUUACCCAUUUAAAAGCGCUUUUAUAUCCUGUCAGAAAAAACCACAGAUUCUACUACUUCAAGUUGUCAAAAUAAUUUGUUAGAGAAAAUAACUUCAUAUUUCUUAAAUAAAUUAAGGAUUAUUUCACUUCUUCUUUGGUCCUUAUUGUGGAACAUGUGCAUAAAUGUACCAGAAAAUCAUAUAAUCAUCGAAUAAAUAGUUUUCUACAAUCAUGCACCUAUUUACUUUAUUGCAUAAUUAACUAAAGCUUAAGCGCUUAUCCCACUAUAUAGUAUAGCUAAGUUAUCCACAAUGUCGACACUUACCGAUACGAAUUGUGAGCAAUUUCCUUUUUUAAUCCAAGUUUUGGUGGAAAAAUAAUUUUAAUCUCAUUGUAAUAAUUGUAAUUGUUGUACAGCGAUUUGAAACAGUUGCAAACGUCUUAUAUUUGUUAGCUUCAUUAUAUUCCUAUUUGUAGACGAUUUCACACAUAUAGAAUUAGGCACAAAGAACAAGUCAUCAAAGUUUUAGGAUUGUACAACACAGCGGUGACACCACCGACUAAAUUGUAUACCAUGCUACUUUAAAUUUACUUCAGUUUACUGAUUUGGGAGCCAGCCGGCAAGUCUGCCGUCCAGGUGACAAAAAUUUAAAGCGCUUAAGAUUCUAAAGUUAAAUGGAAAUCGCCCGUAAAAAACUUCAUGUAUUCAAAUCAGGAAAUAUAUUGCCUUAUUCUUAGUACUUUUCGAUAGUGAACAAAUUCAGUGACAGUCAAGAGUCUGUUUUCAGUAAUUAGCUGAAAAUCCCAAGUAUAAUAAUACAGUAUAAUACAGAUUAACGGCUUUUUUCAAUUUUUUUCGUGAAACAUUUCAGAAGUAUUGUUUUUGACUGAAAAUAGUCCAAAUCGAAAGGUUAU